AAUGCUUCUUCACAUGGAGAUGUAAUUUUAACGAAAUCCCCACACUCUUCCUCUUUCAUCCCCUUCUCCUUCAGCUCACCACCACCAUUUUAACUCCAUUUCCAUCUUCAACCUCUCUCUCAAACCUCCAAUGGGUUCCCUCAACCCUAUCCUCACUAUCCUCUCUCUCUUCACCUUAACUCUCUUCCUUUCCCUCCUCUUUGCCUCCGCCGACGACGCCACCGUCAUUCAGAAGCUCGCCGCCGCUGUUUCUCCCACCCCUUCUGGCUGGUCCUCCAACACCCCUUUCUGCAGCUGGAAAGAAAUCCGCUGCGACUCCUCAAGCCGUGUCACCUCCAUUAACUUAGAUUCCAAAUCCCUCUCCGGCGUUCUCCCUUCCGAUCUUAACUCUCUGUCUCAGCUCACUUCUCUCUCUCUUCAACGCAACUCCUUCACCGGUCCUAUCCCUUCUUUUGCUAAUCUCUCUUUUCUCCAGACCCUUUAUCUUCACGACAAUAAUUUCUCCUCUGUUUCUCCUGGUGCCUUCCAAGGCCUUACUAGUUUGCAGAUUCUGAGUCUGACCCAGAAUGUUAAUCUUGCUCCUUGGUCCAUUCCGACUGACUUGACUCAAGCUUCAAGUUUGGUUAGUUUAUAUGCUGCCAAUGCCAACCUUGUUGGGUCUUUGCCGGAUUUCUUCGAUUCCUUCUCUAGUUUGCAGGAGCUUCGUCUUUCUUACAACAAUCUUACUGGGGUCUUGCCUAAAUCUCUUGGUGGAUCUGGGAUUAAGAGCUUGUGGUUGAACAAUCAGCUAAAUGGGUUGUCGGGUUCUAUUGACUUGUUGUCGUCUAUGACUCAACUGACUCAGGUUUGGCUUCAGAAGAAUCAGUUUACUGGGCAGAUUCCGGAUUUUUCUAAGUGUGAAGGUUUGUUUGAUCUUCAGCUUCGUGAUAAUCAGUUUACUGGGAUUGUUCCUCCUUCGCUUAUGUCUCUUUCUAGCUUGUUAAAUGUUAGUUUGGAUAACAAUAAGCUUCAGGGGCCAUUGCCUGUGUUUGAUUCAAGAGUUCAGGCGAGUUUCAGCAGUGUUAAUAGGUUCUGCAAGUCGACGCCGGGUCCGUGUGAUGCUCAAGUUUCGGUGCUUCUUGCGGUUGCCGGAGCGUUUGGGUACCCGAUUUCGCUGGCAGAUGCGUGGGAAGGAAAUAAUGUUUGCCAGGAUUGGAGCUUUGUGGUUUGUACUGAAGGUAAGGUUACUACUGUUAACUUUGCUAAGCAGCAUUUGGUGGGAGUGAUAUCCCCUGCAUUUGCGAAUUUGACGAGUCUGAAGAAUUUGUAUUUGAAUGACAAUAAUUUGGUUGGCGAGAUACCGGAGAGUUUAACGACAUUGACGCAGCUUCAGAAUCUUGAUGUUUCGAACAACAAUUUGAGUGGACAGAUACCUAAGUUUGCUCCAACAGUUCGCUUGAACACGAAGGGUAAUCCUUUGAUUGGGACUAGUUUGAGCCCUGGAAAUGGAGGGAAUGAUGGCGGAGCUGGAGGUGGGAAGAUUGGUUCCAACGGCACCACCAUUGAUGGGACAACUUCAGGAUCUUCCAAUGGAUCCUCUGUUUCAGCUGGUGUGAUUGCUGGUGUUGUCAUUGCUGUCGUUGUUUUUGUUGCUGUUUUACUGUUUGUUGUCUUUAAAUGUUAUGUAAGCAAUAGGCAUAAGAAGUUUGGGAAAGUGAAUAAUCCUGAAAAUGGGAAGGAGAUUGUGAAGAGUGAUGGAGGGAGCGGCUUGAAUGGCUAUGCUGGAGUUCCAAGUGAGCUUCAAAGUCAGAGUAGUGAGGAUUUCAGCAAUGACAUUAACGUUUUCGAGGGCGGAAACGUGGCGAUCUCGAUACAAGUUUUGAAACAGGUGACAAACAAUUUUAGUGAGGAUAAUGUGUUGGGAAGGGGUGGAUUUGGAGUUGUUUACAAAGGAGAGUUACAUGAUGGUACCAAAAUUGCUGUGAAAAGAAUGGAAUCUGGGCCAAUGGGUACCAAAGGAACGAGUGAGUUUCAAGCUGAAAUUGCUGUGCUUACCAAAGUUAGGCAUAGGCAUUUGGUUGCUCUUUUGGGUUAUUGUAUCAAUGGCAAUGAGAGGUUAUUGGUGUAUGAGUACAUGCCUCAAGGGACAUUGACUCAACAUUUGUUUGAUUGGCAAGAGAAUGGUUAUCCUCCUCUCACAUGGAAGCAGCGAAUUACAAUUGCUUUAGAUGUGGCAAGAGGAGUAGAAUAUCUUCAUAGCUUAGCCCAACAAAGUUUCAUUCAUAGAGACUUGAAACCUUCUAAUAUACUUCUUGGUGAUGACAUGAGAGCUAAGGUGGCUGAUUUUGGUUUGGUUCGAAAUGCACCCGAUGGAAAAUACUCUGUAGAGACUCGAUUAGCUGGAACAUUUGGCUAUCUUGCUCCUGAAUAUGCAGCAACGGGAAGGGUGACGACAAAAGUCGAUGUAUAUGCAUUUGGGGUAGUUUUGAUGGAAAUCAUCACCGGUCGAAAAGCAUUGGACGACACAAUGCCAGAUGAGCGAUCUCAUCUAGUCACAUGGUUUCGUAGAGUCUUGAUCAUGAAAGAGAACAUUCCAAAAGCGAUCGAUCAAACUCUCAACCCAGACGAGGAAACCAUGGAGAGCAUAUUAAAGGUGGCAGAGUUGGCAGGACACUGUACAGCUCGCGAGCCACAUCAAAGACCCGAUAUGGGCCAUGCUGUCAACAUCCUCGGCCCUCUCGUCGAGCAAUGGAAACCUUCAAACCAACAUGAAGAAGAAACGGAUGGGAUCGAUCUGCACAUGAGCCUACCUCAAGCUCUUCAAAGAUGGCAAGCAAAUGAAGGAACAUCCACAAUGAUGUUCAGUGACAUGUCUUACUCUCAAACCCACACAAGCAUUCCUUCAAAACCUUCAGGAUUUGCUGAUACAUUUGACUCCAUGGAUUGCAGGUGACCAAAUGAAACAAAAACAAAAACACCAAAACAUCUCAUAGAGCUGUUUGUUUUAGUGGAAACCACUGUUUUUAGUGCAAUUCAUUUGUCUCUUUGUUUGCUUCAUUCUUUUAUUAAUGUCUAACUAUGGAAUUUUGCUGCC